GUAAUUGCUGUGUAUUUUGAUACCGAAAAAUGGACAUGGAUUUAUCUCGGCCGUAUUGUCACCGAACAGAUGCACCAACAUUAGUAACGAAUUUAAGACGCGACAUGAAAAAGCAAAUGGAUUUAUUAGCUACAAAUAUGAAUACAUUAGAUAAUGUUAGUUUUGCUUUAAAUGAUGGCCAGAAAAUGCUCGAAAAUAGGUUAUGCAAAAACUGCAAAGAAGCUGUUAAAUUAAAAAGAACAGCUCUGCAUUCUAAAAACGAGACAUCACACAAAAAGAGAAAAGUGAAGAAAUUGUCACCAGAAUGUCAACAGAUGUUGAACGAAAUAACCAACAUUGCCAUGCAACUGGAACGUUUUCAAAAUGAGGACUUGGACGACGAAGAGUAUUUCACGGAGGAGGAAUGCUACAAGCAGUCAAUGCCGGAAAUGGAAAGAAUGAAUACGAAUAAGCAAAAGGACACAGAAGACGAAAUGCGAGAUAUGGAAAACAAAUACAAGAAGAUGAUCCAGGACAAAGACGCCGAUGCCCUUUCUCUGAGAAAACAAUUAGAGGCACUGAAAAUUGAAAGCGACGAUUACAAGAAGAAAAACGAUUCGAUGUCAAUAAAACUCAAGUCGUAUGAAAAAUCUGAAAAAGCGAGUUUGAUGAGCUUAGUGUUGAACACAAACGACUUGAAGAGGAUGAAUUGCCUUCUAGAGAUAAAGAAUUGCAAACAUCAAGGAGUGACAAUGGAAACCAGACAUUGGAACAUGACGAAUUGUUACAACAGAUCGGAAGGCUGCAAAAAGAACGCUGCUCUUCGAUUGAGAUGCUAG